AUUGUUUUUUUUUUUUUUUUGUGCGCGGGGGAAAGAGAGGGAGACGAUGUGCGAGAAAGCGAGAGUGAUAGUGAGAAUGCUACAAGGCUGCAACAGCAUGAACAAGCUCCGUAAGAUCCAUUCUCAUGUCAUCGUCAAUGGUCUCCAUCAUCAUCCUUCUAUCUUCAACCAUCUCCUCCGCUUCUGCGCCGUCUCCGUCACCGGUUCUUUGUCUUACGCUCAGCUUCUCUUCGACCGUUUCGAUUCUGAUCCAUCAACGUCGGCUUGGAACUACCUUAUCCGUGGCUUCUCCAUAUCUUCUUCUCCUCUUUAUUCGAUUCUCUACUAUAAUCGAAUGCUUCUCUCCUCUGUUUCACGUCCUGAUAUCUUCACUUUCAGCUUUGCUCUCAAAGCAUGUGAGAGGAUCCGAUCGAUUCCGAAAUGUUUGGAGCUUCACGGUUCGGUUAUUCGAUCUGGGUUUCUUGCUGAUGCUGUUGUUUCCACUAAUCUCGUUCGUUGCUACUCUGCGAAUGGAAGUGUUGAGAUUGCAUCCAAAGUGUUCGACGAAAUGCCUGUGAGAGACUUAGUUUCUUGGAACGCUAUGAUCUCCUGUUUUUCUCAUGCUGGUUUACAUCAUCAGGCGUUCAGUAUGUACAAUCGAAUGGGAAAUGAAGGUGUGUGUGUUGACGCUUACACGAUAGUUGCUUUGUUAUCGUCUUGUGCUCACGUUAGUGCUUUGAAUAUGGGAGUUAUGCUACACAGGAUCGCCUAUGACAUUCGAUGUGAGAGUAGUGUCUUUGUGAGUAAUGCUCUUAUUGAUAUGUAUGCAAAAUGUGGUAGCCUUGAAAAUGCUGUUGGUGUGUUUAACGGGAUGCGCAAGAGAGAUGUGUUGACCUGGAACUCAAUGAUUAUUGGGUACGGAGUUCAUGGGCACGGCGUAGAGGCCAUCUCGUUCUUCAGAAAUAUGGUGGCUUCCGGGGUUAGACCCAAUGCCAUCACAUUCCUUGGAUUGUUGUUAGGUUGUAGUCAUCAAGGUCUAGUUAAAGAAGGAGUUGAGCAUUUUGAAAUCAUGAGUUCACAGUUCCAUUUGAGCCCGAACGUCAAACACUAUGGAUGCAUGGUGGAUCUCUAUGGACGAGCAGGUCAGCUAGAAAAGGCCCUCGAGAUGAUACACACGUCUUCCUGCCAUGAAGAUCCUGUCUUGUGGAGAACCCUGCUUGGCUCUUGCAAAAUCCACAUAAAUUUGGAAUUAGGAGAAGUAGCCAUGAAGAGAUUGGUGCAGCUUGAGGCUUUCAAUGCAGGGGAUUAUGUGCUUAUGACUUCGAUAUAUUCUGCAGCGAAUGAUGCGCAAGGUUUUGCCAGUAUGAGAAAACUAAUAAGAAGCCAUGAUUUACGGACUGUUCCAGGCUGGAGUUGGAUUGAGAUCGGUGAUCAAGUUCACAAAUUUGUCGUUGAUGACAAAAUGCAUCCGGAGUAUGCACUUAUUUACUCAGAACUCGGGGAAGUAAUAAACCGUGCCAUUCUAGCUGGAUACAAGCCAGAGGACUCAAACAGAACUGCUCCUACUCUCUCUGAUCGGUGUUUAGGAUCUGCAGAUACAUCUCACAGUGAAAAAUUGGCUAUUGCAUAUGGAUUAAUAAGAACUACUGCAGGAACAACUCUCCGGAUUACAAAGAAUCUGAGAGUUUGCAGAGAUUGUCAUUCGUUUACAAAAUAUGUAUCAAAAGCAUUCAAUCGGGAAAUUAUUGUAAGGGAUAGAGUUCGAUUUCAUCACUUUGCAGGUGGUCUUUGUUCUUGCAACGACUACUGGUGAAAAAAAACUGUUCUUGAUCAGCUUAAAAAGAAUUAUCACCACAAGACUCCUUAAAAGGAAAAAUGAGAGAGACAGGAGAUGAGACAAUCAUUGACACAGGUAUCACAUUGCUAAUAGAUUUCGCUUGUGUAGCUAUCUUGUAGUGUGGAAAUCCCUGCUUAUGAUGUUGGAAGCUGUUGGGUCUGAUUAAUGCUUGUGAACCAUGUCUAACUUUUUAUCUUGUCAAUGUUGUCGGUUUUCCCCAUAGUAUCUCAAUCCAUCAGUGGUUGUGAUCAAUAUUGUACCUUGAUUUAGAGAUUGUCAUAAUGAUGUGAGGUUUAGCACUCUAGCUAGUUGUGAUUUUAUAAAGUUUGAACACUGUU